AUGAAUACCCCCGCGCAGACAGUGUCGUGGUACGACACCAUGAUGACCUACUCGUUGCUACAUUCCGACUACCCUACCAUUGUCAGAUACAUCUCGGGCGCUUUUAUCGUGCUGGGCUUUGCAUUCUUCGGCCCCAUCCUUCUCUUGAUUGGCGUAGACAUCGUCAUCUACAUCUACAGAAUAUGUUGGAGCCGUCCAUGGAAUCACAAUCAAAAUCAGGCGUCUCCACCAGAGCCGAGGCACCUGUCGCCCCAGCAAAAGGCACCACCACUGGAACCGGCGGGUGGGACGACGGCUAUCACUCCGACAGGGGCAGGUUCAGCGCGGAGACGCUUACAGAAUCUGAGCGAAUCCGGGUAG